CACAGAGCUGUCGCGUUUGGAAAAAGAAGAAAUUUGGCUGCAUGUUAUAAGUGUGUGCCUCUAACAUGCUUAACAAGAAAGCUGUUGUUUCCUGAAUUAAGCCCUAUGGCAUGAUCAAGUGUUUAUGGAAGACCUGAUUGUGUGGAUCCUGAACUGUUAUACUGGAAAUCUACCUGGAUAUCAUUAUUAGGAUAAUGUGCAAAGCUCACAGAAACCAGGAUGAUGCCAUGACAUAACAUUUAUGGAAGCCUUUCUAUAAGGCACUAAUCCUGUAGUGCCAUGUCACACUUAGUGCCCUCCUCUUAAGGCAGCACUAUGAUCCGUCUCCUGCCAGACAGUGUGUCCAGUCAUCUGAGGUCUGAAGUGGCCAUCACCAGUGUAACCCAGUGUGUUGAAGAGCUGGUUUUGAACUCGCUGGAUGCUGGAGCCAACUGUGUGGCUGUUCGUGUAGACAUGCCUUGCUUCAAGAUCCAGGUGGUGGACAAUGGCUCAGGAAUACGCAGUGGUCAGCUGGAUGUCAUAGCAACAAGGCAUUACACAAGUAAGUGCAAAGGACUGAUGGACUUGGACAACCUGGAGUAUUUUGGUUUUCGUGGGGAAGCUUUAGCCAGUAUCUGUGAGAUGUCUGCUAUUUUGGACAUCAGUACAAGAGUGAAACAGUCUUCAAAGACCUAUUGCAAAUUAUUUCACAAUGGGAAGGCUCAUCCAUCAGGUGAAGCCAAACUACAGAGGCCAUCGGCAGGAACAACAGUCACUGUCCAUGGCCUCUUCAAUAAACGACCAGUCAGAAAGAGAAUGACCAAUCAGAUUCUGGAGUUAGAACUCAUUAAACAAAGACUGGAAGCCAUCGCUCUGAUGAACCCUGGAGUGUCCAUGUCACUAAGGAAUGAUGAAACUGGGAACAAGAUUCUCCAGACUAAUAAGUGCAAUUCCACUCUGGGAAUAUUCAAGCAGUUGUAUGGUGCAGUUAAAGCUGCUAAUUUGUCAGAAGUCAACUGUUCCAAAGACAAGUUCAGGGUAUCAGGGUAUAUAAGUAGUGAAGGUCAUUUCAACAAAAACUUACAGUUUGUCUAUAUCAACACAAGACUUGUUUUGAAGACGGAAAUUCACAAAUUUUUAAAUAAAACAUUGAAGAAAUUUUAUUCCUCAAGAAAAAAAGAUGUUAUUGCAACAACACCAGUCACAUCGGAGACUUCUCUGUUGUCAUCUAGUCCAACAAAGCAUUCAGAUAAACACGGGAUAUUUGUGGUGAAUAUAUCAUGCCGAUUCAAUGAAUACGACAUAACAUUUGAUCCAGCCAAAACCUUGGUAGAAUUCAAAGAUUGGGAGACAGUUUUAUCAACAGUGAGAGAAUUUGUAGAGGAGUUUCAGCAGCAAUUCAGUGUUAAUGUCGGUCCAGUCGGUACCACACUAGAUGCAGAAGCAUCCAGCAAUUGCACACAGUUUAACAUUGAUAAUACCAGUCAUACAGUAGAGCCAGACUCUCCAAAGCACCUGCAAAUGUCUACAAUCGAUACCGAAAACAGUCUUCGCUCAGAGGUUAUCAAAAGUAGUCAGAGAGAUGCUACAGUUACAGUUUCAUCCUCCCCGCAUGAAGUUAUGACUGAGAAGGCCAAAGAAGAUAGUGAUUUGGAGAUAAAAGAAAAUAACAAAGAUAAUUUCCAGGCUUUCCCAGACCUUACUAAGACAUGUGUCAGUCCUGUUAAUUCCACAUUCAGUUCUGAUACAUCAUCCACAUUAACAUGUACCUCAGGAUCAGUGAAGGUCAGUGCUGAUGAAGAGGAUCCCUUGUGUGCUCCUCAUAAUCCCAGUGGGAUUACUCUUCAUUCCAAAUCCCCCGAUCUUGCUGGAGAAGCGGAUGAUUCUGGAAUUGAUCCAGGAAUGACGGCAGAUACUACCACAGGCUAUUUGGAUUCAAGUGUAUGUCCACAAUCAGUUCGCCUCCGAAAGCCAACUGUUAAAACUUUUCAAUCAAUAUUCAAGCAACGAAAAUCUAGUAAUCUGUCAUCCUUACGAGCGAAACAGAGCAAAGGAAUACAAGGUGAGAGAAAUCCAUCAGCAGUGACUUGCAAGCUGAAAGAGUUGAGGGAAUCCUUAGGCAAACCAUCUGGUGACCAACAGAAAUGUAACAUUUAUCAGGUGUGUCCAAAAAGUUCCAUAUUGAGUUCAUUAAAAAAGUUGAGAGAAACAGUAGAGCAGUUGCAAAGUAAGGGUAAAACAGAUAAAGUUGUAAGUUGUGAGACUGUUACCAGUACAUGUAUGCCUCAGAGUAGUGCAUCAAUGAAGGAAGCUGACAUACACAACAGAAGCACAUCAAACACCUUGGCUGGCAAGAAAAGGUCUGGCCUGGGAAAAGAGACCACAUCCUCCAAACUUGCAAGGUUAGCUGGGAUAGGAAGUCGGGAGGUGGAUGGCAGCCUGCAAAAACACAGCAGUGCGUCGAAAGUUUCAUUGACAAGUGAAAGUUCAGGUAAGCUGUGUGAUGUGUCAUUGGAUUCUGGAAGUGCGAGAAACCCGGACUUGCAUCCUGUAUUGACUUGUUCAGCCUCUAAACAGGGUUGCCAGUCAUCUGCACCAGUGAAUCCGAGCACUGAGCCAGUGAUUCACUCAGGAACUGGGCGCAGUGGAGAAUUCAUUCAAAACAGCAUUUUUCCUGUAAUUUCUAGGCAUAAAAGUGGAACAGCCAAAGUCAACCAAUUUAUGACUACUGAGUCCUUAAUUACAACAGUGUCUGCGUUGUCCAAGAAUAGCUCUAGCAGGAGUGAGGUGUCAUGUGAACAGGCAAAGUGUAAAGUUAAGAUUGAAGAGGAUUUUGCAUUUAAUAAGCAUCACCCUCUGGAAACAACUGCAAGUUGCAAGUUGGAUAAUUCCUCACAAUUGGAUUAUCUUGAUCCUCACAACAACUUUUCAAUGUCAGAAACAAUAAAAGUACAGCAUUUUGAAGGAGGAACAAAAACGACUCCUGGAAGACACAAUGUGAUGAAAGUAUGUAGUCUGGAAUCAUCUGAGAGGUCAGUGAUGAAUGGGAAUUCUGUCACAUGUGAUGAAAAGAUUCAGAAAGAAUUUUGUUCUCAAGAUGGAAAAAUAAGGCUGAGUCAGGAGAGUUAUAACAUGGUUGAUUCUAAAGAUGUGUUCAAGUCUUACCAAUGUGACUCAAAACGGUCUUUGCUGACUUCUAUUGACAACAUUUCUUCCCUUGAUGCAGGGUCUGAAUAUAGUGGACCAGGACGAAAUCAUGACAAAAAGGUAUGGAAGCCUGAACCUAGUACAGAUGUGGAAAUGUCUCAGGGAUUUGAUUUCAGGACUAUGAAACCGAUAGUUAACUCACCAGGAAAUUUGCAGAAAGAUGACAGUAGUUUGUUUGAGACUGUUGAUGUAUCAUCUGCACCAGGUAGUGAUGCGAAGACAUUUUUCUCGCCUGAUAUUGUGACCAGUGUCAAUGAGCGUGACAGUGAUUUGAUGCCUCCAGACAAAGAUCUCAUUGACUUAUUGAUUACUCCUUCGCCUUCAUGUCACACACCUGUUUGCCAUGUAAGCCCAUGCCCAAACCAGCCUGGCCUCUUGGUCCAUUCGCCUGGAAAGUCAAAUCAGUGUUCAUUAGAGACUGGUAUAUGUUCUCACCUCCCGACAUCUGAAACCAAACUUUACAGUGAGAAUGGGAAUAGUUUUACAACAAUCUCACCAGUCCUGAGUGAUAAAAUUAACAACUGUUCUUCAGAUAAUGUAAUGAGUAUUGGAUUAGUGGAGACUUGUAUACAAACAGAAGUUCCAGAGGGUAUGACCAGGGUAACUGCUCAAACAGAAGUUCCAGAGGAUAUGGCCAGGGUAACUGCUCAAACAGAAGUUCCAGAGGAUAUGGCCAGAGUAACUGCUGAAACAGUUGAAAAUAAAUCUUCAGAUGUAAGUUUGAAAUUGGAAUUGCCUUCAGCAGAUUGUAUCAGAGACACCAUUGUGCUGACCCAGGAUAAAAGCGAUGAUAACUGUGUUGAUAGCUGCCUUCUUAAUCAGAACAGUGGAGACGCUUUAAAUACCCAGGUUGACAAAAAGACUGGAUAUCAAGAACAUCAGAAAAUAAUCACGCCUUUGAAUCAAAGGGAAGUUGAGUAUCUGCUGACUAAUAUGACUGAGGAUUCUGAUGGUUGUGAUUCAAAGACUGAUGAGUUUUUAAUCAGAAAUCAUCCUAUGUCUGGAAAGAAAAUAGUUAUCCAUCCUCUCACUGGGCACUCUCUGGAUGAAGCUGGCUGGGAAUUGUGGCUUAAACAGAACAAUAACACUGAACAUAAAGGUGAUCAAGAGCUCUUGCCGAAGAAGAAGCUUCUUUCACAUGAUUUGGCAUACUCUUUGAGCAAACCAUCUACAAGCAAUGCAGAAACUGAUGAGCUAUCCACCAAUGUGGACAAAACAUCAGGGGAGAUCAUGGGUGAUCACAAGGUGGAUGAACUGUGGGCUGAUCAUGUAACUAAUCAGUGUGAAGAGGAUUCUAUAAAGUGGAGAAACCCAUCUUCAAAAGCACUUGGUGAUGAAUCAAAAAGCCUGGCUGACCUAUUUGAGGAAUGGGACAACCCUGUGUUUUCUGUUCCUGAACAGGAUAUCACGACUGCAGAGAUGCCAGACAAACAGAAAGGUGCAGGGAAAGUACAGGGCAGUGUACAUCAGUGUCGCUUUACCAAGAAUAUGCUAUGUCAAGUACAGGUGAUGGGUCAAGUCGAUGAUAAAUUUAUAGCCUGUUUGAUGAGAACCAAAGAGAAGAAUCUGUCAGCAGAUGGUAAUCUCUUGGUGCUGGUGGAUCAACAUGCUGCUCAUGAGAGGGUGCGUCUUGAACAACUCACCAAGGAUUCUUAUGUGACAAAUUCAGAUGGAAAUAGAGUGAUAAAAAGCUCUGCCAUUAUUCCACCGCUAGAACUGAGGCUCACAGAGGAACUAGUGAGGGUGAUGACAGCUUAUCAGGCCAAGUUUGAACAGCUUGGUGUUAUGUUCAGCACAUCUGACAAGAGAGACACUGUAUUCUUAAAGUCAGCACCAUCUUGUUUCAUUGAGAGAGAAGCCAGUGAAAUCAAACGCGGUAGAACCUCUGUUGUCAUGGAGAUGAUUGAGGGAUUCAUUGUGGAGCAAGUAGAGUUGUUGAAGUCCACGAAUGGUGCCCUGGCUACACUUCCUGGCUGUGUCCAUAAGUUGCUGUGUUCACAAGCCUGUCAUGGUGCUAUCAAGUUUGGUGACAGCCUAACCUUGGAGGAGUGUGAAGAUUUGCUCAAGUCCCUCUCUCUCUGUGAUCUGCCCUUCCAGUGUGCUCAUGGGCGACCAUCUGUCAUGCCUUUGCUAAAUUUUGAUCAUUUCAAAGCUAAAUUUCCUCAAAAGUGUGCAGGCAAGCCUCAGCUGUGGAGGCUGCGACCGAGGAUAGAGGAGAGUAUUGUUGAAGAGUCGCUAGAUCAGAAGACAGAGAGCAUGAUGGAUGUGGACAUGGGUUAAGAAUGACAUUUAU